UAGUUUUACUUGUAUGGAUUUAGGAGGGUGAAGCAAUAAUUUGACUUAUGUGCAUAAAUGUAUUUCGGACUCAGAGACUGAAGGCAGUGAGGGCACUCCCAGCGAUGCAUCUGGAAACUGCCUGCAGCAUGUAAGCUGGGAUACUGGUAGCGAUCGCAGCACUACACUGCCUGUUCUGAAAACAUACGUUUUACCGGGUCUGCAUAUGUAUUUUUUAGACCGGAAGAUAGAUCUCUUCACUGUUACCCCAUAGUGGCCAGAAACAAAAAUCUCUUUAUUUUUAAACCGAGAUGAAUAGCAAUUUGUUUCUCUUUUCUCCAGUAGAAAUGACAUGAAAGUAUCAACUCCAACCUCUAACAUUAGUGGGAAAAAACUACUCAGCGUUUUACCACCAAAGUGAUGCAUAGUAUUCCUUGGUAGUUCUAAAUUUAUAAUAUGCAUCAAAGAAGAGUCUGUGAUACAUAAUGUCUGCAGGAAUUAAGCCAGGGUCAAUUAGCUGUCUCUUGCUCCAUGACCCCUCACUGCAGAAAAUUAGAAAAGCUGUUUUCAGCCCCAUAAACUAUUAAUCUGUUAACGAAUUUAGUUCCGCAAAAGGCCCUAAUGAAGUAUGUAUUCAUGGCAGUCAGUUCAUAGACUUGAUUUAAGAGAGAUGUCAUUGUCUCUAGUUUUUAGUUUGUUGACUUGUGAGGAAAAUGUGUUAGAGAGCUACAAGGCUUCAGAGAAAUACCAGUGGGGGACUACCCACCAACAUUUUUAUAAAGAAAAUCUCAUUAAAAUGGAUAAUCAAGAUGGUCUUGAAGUAGAAAACAAACUUGCAGAAUGCCUGUGUGCAGUUAGUUGACUCGAGGUGUAAAGUAGGCAAACAUUUUUUCCUGUUUGCUUUGCCCAAUAAUGGCCCCCAAAGACGUUCACUUCCUAAUCUUCAGAACCUAUGGAUAUGUUAUCUUAUGUGGCAAAAGGGACUUUGCAGAUAUGAUUAGGUUGAGGAUCUGCAGAUGGGAGGAUCACACUGAAUUAUCCAGGUGGGUGCCAUGGAAUUACAAGAGUCCUCAUAAAAAGGAGUUAGGAGUAUCAGUCUGAGAAUAUGUAACAAUCAAAUCAGAAGUGAGAAAAAAAGAGAAAGAGAUGUGAAGAUGCUCUGCUGCUGGCUUUGAAGAUGGCAGAAGGAACCAGGAUCCAAGGAAUGAAGGCAGCGUCCAGAAGCUGGAAAGGAUCUUUCGAAGAUGGUUUGGCUGCCUUGGAGACUUGGAGAUCUGAUGCCACGAUGAGGACUCACACACGGGGGGCUCCCAGUGUGUUUUUCAUAUAUUUGUUUUGCUUUGUGUCAGCCUACGUCACCGACGAGAACCCAGAAGUCAUGAUUCCCUUCACCAAUGCCCACUACGACAGCCACCCGAUGCUGUUCUUCUCCAGGGACGAGGUGGCGGAGCUCCAGCUCAGGGCUGCGGGCUCCCAUGAGCACAUUGCCGCCCGGCUUACCGAGGCCGUGCACACCAUGCUGUCCAGCCCCUUGGAGUACCUCCCUCCCUGGGACCCCAAGGACUACAGCGCCCGCUGGAAUGAAAUUUACGGCAACAACUUGGGCGCCUUGGCAAUGUUCUGUGUGCUGUAUCCUGAAAACAUUGAAGCUCGAGACAUGGCCAAAGACUACAUGGAGAGGAUGGCAGCUCAGCCUAGUUGGCUGGUGAAAGACGCUCCUUGGGAUGAAGUCCCGCUUGCGCACUCCCUGGUUGGUUUUGCCACUGCCUAUGACUUCUUGUACAACUACUUGAGUAAGACACAGCAGGAGAAGUUUCUUGAAGUGAUUGCCAAUGUCUCGGGAUAUAUGUAUGAAACUUCAUACCGAAGAGGAUGGGGAUUUCAGUACCUCCACAAUCACCAACCCACCAACUGCAUGGCCUUGCUCACGGGAAGCCUAAUUCUGAUGAAUCAAGGGUAUCUCCAAGAAGCAUACUUAUGGACCAAACAAGUUCUGACCAUCAUGGAGAAGUCUCUGGUCCUGCUCCGAGAGGUGACGGAUGGCUCCCUCUAUGAAGGAGUUGCCUAUGGCAGCUACACCACUCGAUCCCUCUUCCAGUAUAUGUUUCUCGUUCAGAGGCACUUUGAUAUCAACCACUUUGGCCACCCAUGGCUGAAACAACACUUUGCGUUUAUGUAUAGAACCAUCCUACCAGGGUUUCAAAGAACUGUGGCUAUUGCAGACUCCAAUUACAACUGGUUUUAUGGUCCAGAAAGCCAAUUAGUGUUCCUGGAUAAAUUUGUCAUGCGUAAUGGCAGUGGUAACUGGCUGGCUGACCAAAUCAGGAGGAACCGUGUGGUGGAAGGUCCAGGAACACCAUCCAAAGGCCAGCGUUGGUGCACUCUUCACACGGAAUUUCUCUGGUAUGAUGCCAGCUUGAAAUCUGUUCCUCCUCCGGAUUUUGGCACCCCUACGUUGCAUUAUUUUGAAGACUGGGGUGUUGUGACUUACGGAAGUGCCCUGCCUGCAGAAAUCAAUAGAUCGUUUCUUUCCUUCAAGUCAGGAAAACUGGGGGGCCGUGCAAUAUAUGACAUUGUCCACAGAAACAAAUACAAAGAUUGGAUCAAAGGAUGGAGAAAUUUUAAUGCCGGGCACGAGCAUCCUGAUCAAAACUCAUUUACUUUUGCUCCCAAUGGUGUGCCUUUCAUCACUGAGGCUCUCUAUGGGCCAAAGUACACCUUCUUCAACAAUGUUUUGAUGUUCUCCCCAGCUGUGUCAAAGAGCUGCUUUUCUCCCUGGGAGGGUCAGGUCACGGAAGACUGCUCAUCGAAAUGGUCUAAAUACAAGCAUGACCUGGCCGCCAGCUGCCAGGGGAGAGUGGUUGCAGCAGUGGAGAAAAAUGGAGUGGUUUUCAUCCGAGGGGAAGGUGUGGGAGCUUAUAACCCCCAGCUUAAUCUGAGGAGCGUGCAGAGGAAUCUGAUCCUCCUGCAUCCACAGCUCCUUCUCCUAGUGGACCAAAUACACCUGGGAGAGGACAGCCCCCUGGAGACCGCCGCAAGCUUCUUCCACAAUGUGGAUGUUCCCUUUGAGGAAACAGUGGUAGAUGGGGUCCACGGGGCUUUUAUCAGGCAACGGGAUGGUCUGUACAAAAUGUACUGGAUGGAUGAUACCGGCUACAGUGAGAAAGCAACCUUUGCUUCAGUGACAUACCCUCGGGGCUAUCCCUACAACGGGACAAACUACGUGAAUGUCACCAUGCACCUCCGGAGUCCCAUCACCAGGACCGCUUACCUCUUUAUAGGGCCGUCUGUAGAUGUUCAGAGUUUCAGCAUCCACGGGGACUCCCAGCAACUGGAUGUGUUCGUAGCCACCAGCCAGCAUGCCUACGCCACUUACCUUUGGACAGGAGAGACCACGGGACAGUCUGCCUUUGCACAGGUCAUUGCAGAUCGUCAGAAAAUUCUGUUCGACCGGAGUUCAGCCAUCAAGAGCACCACUGUGCCCGAGGUGAAGGACUACGCUGCUAUUGUGGAACAGAACCUGCAGCAUUUUAAGCCAGUGUUCCAGCUGCUGGAGAAGCAGAUCCUGUCCCGAGUCCGGAACACAGCUAGCUUUAGGAAGACCGCUGAGCGCCUGCUGAGAUUUUCAGACAAGAGGCAGACGGAGGAGGCCAUUGAUAGGAUUUUUGCCAUAUCGCAGCAGCAGCAGCAGCAGAGCAAGUCAAAGAAAAACCGAAGGGCAGGCAAACGCUAUAAAUUUGUGGACGCGGUCCCUGAUAUUUUUGCACAGAUUGAGGUCAAUGAAAAAAAGAUUCGACAGAAAGCUCAGAUUCUAGCACAGAAAGAACUGCCCAUAGAUGAAGAUGAAGAGAUGAAAGACCUUUUAGAUUUUGCAGAUGUAACGUAUGAGAAACACAAAAACGGGGGCUUGAUGAAAGGCCGGUUUGGACAGACGCGGAUGAUGACAACUCGCAGCAGAGCCCCUUCCGCUUCGUACACCAAACUAUUCCUGAUCCUGAACAUCGCUAUUUUCUUUGUCAUGUUGGCAAUGCAGCUGACUUAUUUCCAGAGGGCCCAGAGCCUGCAUGGCCAAAGAUGCCUUUACGCAGUCCUUCUCAUAGACAGCUGUAUUUUACUGUGGUUGUACUCGUCCUGUUCCCAGUCACAGUGUUAGCGCUAAAGCCAUGCGUUGCCGGAUCGUUGUGUGGUCACAAGAGUCUAUGCAAAAAAAAAAAAAAAAAAAAAAAAAAAAAUUGCCCUAGUUUGUUACAGGACUUUUUAUCUCAGAUUCAUUUUAACAAAUUAAGGGGAAGAUUUUUUCAUACAAGAAAGCAGGGAUAUGGAGAAAUCGGAAUUGGAAAGGCAAAGGUUUAUCAGAGGAAGAAGAGUAGCUUGGUUGUCCCAUGGUGUUUCUGGAAGUAACUGGCUUGGCUAAGUUAGCAAUGCAUAUAAUACUACCCUUAGAAGAAACAACAAGUCUGAUUUUAAGUGAUAUUUUUUCUUGAGAGAAAAAGAUUUAGAUAGAUUUGGGUUUUAUUAAUAUUAAUUUAAUGAUGUUUAGCAGUUUCCAGAUACUAUUUUAUGGCAAAGACUGAAGCCCACAAUAAUGAGAAAUUCAGAAAAAUUUUAAUGGUGGAAUCAUGUUGAAAAAUAAGUAUUGCUAAGUCCUGGGAUGGCAGUGUUCACUUCCUUGGAGGGUAGUUCAUCAGGGAAGUGACAGCAGGAUCUGCAUAUUGGAUUACUAUUCGGACAACAUAAUAAAAUGAUGACAGAUGAUCAUUAAAAAAUUGAAAUAUAUUUUUCUGUAGAAAACACAUCAGUGAAUGAAUAUUUCCUUGAUGUUGGUCUCUGCACACACAUAAUGCAUCCAUUUGUUGUUCAAUAAAUAAGACAGUUACAGGCAAUUUAAUUUUCUAUUUUCCUUAUAUGGAAAACUGUUAUAGACCCAGUGACUCAACUUCAGAAUAAAAUAUUUUAUACCCCGAACAUUGAUUUCAAUACCAAAGAAGAUGGGGGAAGCUAAAAUUUGGAUAUGAUUCUUAUGUUUUUUUAAUAGAAAACUUUAAGUUUAUUUUGCUAAAUAAACAUCAUAAUUAUGAUUUA